CUGGGGAUCGAGACUUGGUGGGGGAGGGAACGAACUGUAGGGGAAGAAAGCUUGGAUUUGCUUGUAAUUACUACACCUUCUGACCUACCUCUUUAGAGCCUGGCUGCAGAGAAUCACUCCAGUAGUUCUAAGGCUGGCAUCCCUCCAGUUUGGCCAAUGGGAGUUCGGGCCAGAGGGAAUCCAUGAAGUCUGAGGGCACGAAAGAGUCUCGAAGUGAUCAAGAUGAGGGAGGUGAUGAAGAUCACCCUGAAGGGCGAGCAGACCCUCCCAGAGAGGCCACAAAGCUGAAUGGGACCCAUGAAAAUACAGAUACAAAUAGAACUGAACAGAACCUCUCCACACAAGGGUCACCAGCCUCAGCCAUGGAGAAUGGACUAUUAGAGACUGAGCCACCACACGGCUCCACAGUUGGCAGCAAUGGAUAUAUUCUAAGCAAACAGAAGGAAGACACACCAGCUGCCCCACACAGGACUAACUGGUCCCCUAUGGGGGGUUCCACAUUGGGGCCUGGGACUAAAAACUCACCAUCUACAGCUUCUUCGUUGCAAUCGUCAGAUAAAGGCUCGCCGAACACAGACGUAAGGUCAGGACCGAGCCCAACAGAGAGACGAGUGGAAACGGAGACUAAAAACAGCAUAGCAUCAAACACGCCCCCGCCUGUAACGAUACAUCGUGCACGCAAGACUAUGUCAUGGCCAGCCUCAAGCCCAAUCCUAAAGUUUUUAAAUAGGGAAAAUAAGGAGCCAGUUGUGGUGAAAGAUGACAGCGUGGCUGGACCAGAGGCAGAGCCGCCUCAACCAUCUCCAAUUCAGAAUCACCUACCUCAAAGCCAAACUGAUGCCACAACUGUACUGACCACAACAACAGCCAAGCCACAAACAGUAGCAUUCAUGUCAAGAAAGAAAAAGAGGAAGAUGGGGACAUACAGUCUUGUGCCCAAGAAGAAAAACAAAGUCUUGAAACAACGCACAGUUCUGGAGAUGUUUCAGCAAAUCUCCCAGUCUCCACCAAACCAUCAGCAGCCAAAGGAAGCAGUACACAUGAAUGGAGAGAGAAUGGAGAAUGAGUCUGAUGAAGAGGAGUCAGAGGAAGGAGAAGACACAGAGGAUGAUGAAGAACAGCCCACAGAGGGUGGAGCCAAAUCUUCUCAGGAGGAAACCAGGAUAGCUUCAGUUUCUCAGCCUCUUAUUGAAGAACAGGAGUCUGAGGAGUCACCAGAUGGUGAGGGUGAAGAGGAAGGGGACGAAUCAGACUUGAGUUCAGAGUCUAGCUUGAAGAAGAAAUGGAAGAAGAAAGUCAAGGGAGACAAUGCUUGGCUCAGACCAUCCAGGAAACGCAAGAGGAAAUUAAAAGCCAAGACAGAAGCACUCUCUGGAAUGGUGUCCCAGUCUCAAUCAGAAAGCCAGUGCUCACCAUCAGCCACUGCUGAGCACAGGAAAGAGUAUAAAGAGGUCCCACUAGACUCCCUCAAUCUGGCGGCACAGGAAGCCUUACUGACAUCUCAGAGCACAGGACCAGCGGAGAGCACAGACGCUGACAUGGUGCAAGAACUACCCCUUUGUAGCUGCCGAAUGGAGACACCCAAGAGCAGAGAGAUCCUCACCCUGGCGGACAGGAAGUGCAUGGCAACUGAAAGCAUUGACGGCCAGCUGAGCCGAUGUCAGAGCGCAGUUCUAAAGCACGAGAUGAUGAGGCCUUCAAACAUUGUCCAACUGCUGGUUCUGUGUGAGGACCAUCGCACAGGCAUGGUCAAACAUCAGUGCUGCCCAGGCUGUGGCUUCUUUUGCAGAGCCGGUACCUUCAUGGAAUGUCAGCCAGAGGUGAAUAUCUCCCACCGUUUUCAUCGGGCCUGUGCCUCGGUUCUGAAUGGUCAGAACUUUUGUCCACACUGUGGAGAGGAGGUCAGCAAGGCCAAGGAGGUCACCAUUGCCAAGGCUGAUACAACCUCAACUGUGCCUCUCACCCAAGGCCCCUGCACCCCCAGCACCUCAGAGGGCAAAGCAGACACCACUACUGGAGGGUCCACUCGUCUCUCAGUGAUUGGGGAGGGCAAAGCCGACAGCACCUUGCCCAAACCUGCAGAAUCACAGGACACAUCUGUGUCCCCUGUUGACUCCAAAGCAAGGACAGCAGGAGCAGGAACUGGUACUGUAACUCCACCAGGACCACCUAAAGAGACUCUGGAAAGUGUCCUGCUGGCUCUAGAUGCAGAGAAACCCAAGAAGCUUCGGUUCCACCCAAAACAACUGUACAUUUCUGCCAAACAAGGGGAGCUGCAGAAGGUUUUACUGAUGUUGGUGGAUGGGAUUGACCCCAACUUUAAGAUGGAGAGUCAGAAUAAACGCACACCACUCCAUGUAGCAGCCGAGGCUGGUCAUCAGGAGGUCUGUCACAUGCUGGUACAGGCUGGCGCAAACCUUGACAUGUGUGAUGAGGACCAGCGGACGCCCCUGAUGGAGGCCUGUGAGAACAACCACCUGGACACAGUGCGCUACCUGCUGCGGGCUGGAGCCAUUGUCUCUCAUAAGGAUGUUGAAGGCUCAACAUGUCUUCAUCUUGCUGCUAAGGCUGGGCAUUUUGACAUUGUACAACAUCUGCUGUCUACAGGCCUUAUAGAUGUUAAUUUUCAGGAUGAUGGAGGUUGGACAGCCAUGAUUUGGGCCACAGAGUAUAAGCAUGUAGACCAAGUGAAGCUCUUGCUCUCCAAAGGGGCUGACAUCAACAUCAGAGACAAGGAGGAAAAUAUCUGUCUGCACUGGGCGGCGUUCUCCGGCUGUGUUGAGAUAGCCCAGAUCCUGAUGGCUGCCAAGUGUGACCUCAACGCAGUCAAUAUGCACGGAGACUCGCCGUUGCACAUAGCAUCGCGAGAGAACCGGCUCGAAUGUGUCAAUUUGUUUCUGUCACGGGGGGCUGACGCAACCCAGAAGAAUAAAGAGGGAGAGAUGCCCAUGCAGUGCUGCAGCCAGAACUCGAAGGUUUGGAGCGCUCUGCAAGCUAGCAAGAAGCAGAGAGAAGCUAACAGCAACCCGACGGCCCCUGCAGAGAAGCUCCUCAACAGGGACAUUGCCAGAGGCUACGAGAAAGUCCCCGUCCCGUGCGUGAACGCGGUGGACAGCGAACCCUGUCCUGACAACUACAAAUAUGUCCCUGAUAGCUGUGUGACUUCCCCAAUGAACAUCGACAAAAACAUAACUCACUUGCAGUACUGUGUUUGUAAGGACGACUGCUCUUCAGCUAGCUGCAUGUGUGGCCAACUCAGCUUACGUUGCUGGUAUGAUCAAGAGAACCGCCUGUUGCCUGAGUUCUGCAGUGAGGAACCGCCUCUUAUCUUUGAGUGUAACCAUGCCUGCUCCUGCUGGAGAACCUGCAAGAACCGUGUAGUACAGAACGGACUGAGGAUAAGACUGCAGCUGUUCAGGACAAAGAAGAUGGGAUGGGGUGUCAAGACGUUACAAGAUAUCCCGCAAGGAACUUUUGUUUGCGAAUACGUGGGUGAGAUCAUCUCUGACACCGAGGCAGAUGUCAGAGAGAAUGACUCCUAUCUUUUCAGUCUGGACAGCAAGGUGGGUGAUAUGUACUGUGUUGAUGCCCGAUUCUACGGUAACAUCAGCCGCUUCAUAAACCAUCACUGUGAGCCCAAUCUGUUUGCCUGCCGAGUGUUCACCUCUCACCAGGACCUCAGGUUUCCUCACAUCGCGUUCUUCGCCAGCAAGAACAUCACCGCCGGAGACGAACUUGGGUUUGAUUAUGGCGAUCACUUUUGGGACGUAAAGGGGAAGCAGUUCAGCUGCCAGUGUGGGUCCUCCAAAUGUAAGCACUCUGCAGCAGCCAUUGCCCAGAGACAGGCGGACAGCACGCCGGGUCACCAGCAGCCCAGCACCCUGCCCGAUACCAGCUCCUCCACCCCAUCCAGCCCCAGCUAAACUCCCAACGGCCAUGUCUCUGCCAUAAAACAUCUGGUUUUCAACCUCUAUCUGCCUGUCACCUCUUUAUCACCAGCACCGGCAAACCUCCUGGACCAUCUGCCCACCUGGGCCACUUGAUGCUACAUCCACAGUGCCAUGUUUGUAGCGUAGUCUUGUGGUUUGACAACCUAAUUGGUUGACACUUCAGUUUAGGGGCUAAAAAUAUACAGUGAAUCCACUAAUGUGUUCAUUUGUACUAUAGGUGAGAGGUGCACAGUUGGACUGGCGUUAGAGGUAUUCGGUCCUAACUUUUGUAUGUUUUUCCUUAAUUUUCAGCUCCACCACUCAUGAUAUCGCUAUACUUCGUCCAGUGUAAUAAAAAUUAUUUCUUAAUAGA